CUGUCCCUGAAAUUCUUGAGCUCCAAAAUGUGGUCUGUUCGAGGUACUGAAUUGCGUAACGUUGAUAAUCUUUUAGUAUGAAGGGCGAUGAAUCAGAACCUGACUAUGCUCGUGGUGAAAAGAAGGACACGAGCAUCUUUCGGUAUUAUGAUAAUAUCGACAAUGAAGUGACUCUUGAGGCAUGCAAUAGGUGGCUGUUUCUUCCCAUUUCGUCAGUGGCUUUUGAUUGUUGCGGACUUUUUGUAGCCCUCUGUCGAGAGAUGGCUGAUUGAAGGCCACAGUUCCGCAAUUUUAUAACAGGUCACAGCGGUAUCGCGGAUGACAAGGUUCUUUCCCACGUAUAUGAAAUAGCAGGUCUUCACCAUCACCCUCUAG